AUGUCGCACGCAGUCACGAUCCGCAGCGCGCCCGUCGAGGCUGCUUUGCUCGAGUCCGCCGUGGCUCGUCCUGCCGCCUCUUCCCAGCGGCGUGUGCGGUUGAACGGACUCAAGGCCUUCCGCGGAGGACAUCUGGGUCAAACCUUCGCCGCGACACCUCAAGGAUCAGCUGUCGAUCGGCUACAAUCCAAGCAGAGGAUCCAUGGCCGCUCCGCAGUGCGCGCCGCCGUCGCCGUGGAGGCUCCUGCUGCUCCUGUGGCAGACGAAUCAACGCUGGUAACUCGUUCGGACAUUCGCAACAUCGCCAUCAUCGCACACGUCGACCACGGCAAGACGACGCUCGUCGACGCCAUGCUCAGACAAGCCAAGGUGUUCCGCGACAACCAGCAGAUGCAGGAGCGCAUCAUGGACAGCAACGACCUGGAGCGCGAGCGAGGCAUCACGAUUCUGAGCAAGAACACGGCGAUCCGGUUCCGCGGCACCAAGAUCAACAUCAUCGACACGCCCGGCCACUCCGACUUUGGCGGCGAGGUGGAGCGCGUGCUCAACAUGGUCGAUGGCGUGCUGCUGCUGGUUGAUUCAGUCGAAGGCCCCAUGCCGCAGACGCGGUUCGUGCUGAAGAAAGCGUUGGAGCUGGGGCACCGCGUGGUGGUGGUGGUGAACAAGGUGGACCGCCCAGCGGCGCGCGUGCAGCACGUCAUCAACGCCACCUUCGAGCUCUUCUGCGAGCUCGAGGCCACGGACGACCAGUGCGACUUCGCUACUGUCUACGCGAGCGGGAUUCAAGGGAAGGCUGGUAUGGAGCCCGAUGCGCUUUCUGACGAUCUCGAGCCGCUGUUUGAGACAAUUAUUAAGAGCGUUCCGGGGCCGAAAGUGCAGCAGGACACGGCGCUGCAGAUGCUGGUGACGAAUUUGGAUUAUGAUGAGCAUAAGGGGAGGAUUGCGAUUGGGCGCGUGCACGCGGGGAAGAUCGCGCGCGGGCAGGUGGCGAAGAUCUGCACGCCGGAUGGUAACUGUCGCGUGGCGAAGGUCGUGGAGCUGUUCGUGUACGACAAUUUCGCCCGCGUGCCCGUUGAUAACGUGGAGGCGGGAGAUAUCUGCGCGUUGUCCGGCCUGCCAGACGUGCAGAUCGGCGAGACGAUCGCGGAUCGCGACGGCGACGCGCUGCCGACGAUCUCGGUGGAGGAACCGACGGUCAAGAUGAGCUUCUCCGUGAACGUGUCGCCGUUCGCGGGGCGCGAGGGGAAAUUCGUGACUUCGCGGAACCUGCGGGAUAGGCUGAUGAGGGAGCUGGAGAGGAAUCUGGCGAUGAAGGUGGAGGACGGGGAGAGCGCGGAUACAUUCCUGGUCAGCGGACGCGGUACCCUGCACAUCACCAUCCUCAUUGAAAACAUGCGGAGGGAGGGGUAUGAGUUCAUGGUGGGCCCACCGCGGGUGAUCAACAAGGAGGAGAACGGCAAGACGCUAGAGCCAUACGAGGAAGCGGUGGUGGAGGUGCCAGAGGAGUAUGUGGGGGCAGUGGUGGACAUGCUCGGUACGCGCAAGGGGCAAAUGCUCGACCUGCAGGCCUCCAGUUCCGGCACCACGGUGGUGAAAUACCGUGUACCAACCCGUGGCCUGCUGGGGCUGCGCAACGCCAUGCUGACUGCCACGCGCGGCACAGCCGUCAUCAACACCAUCUUUGACAGCUACGGGCCGUGGGCAGGCGACAUGAGCACGCGCGAGCAGGGCUCCCUGGUGUCAUUUGACAUGGGCCCAACCACGUCGUAUGCGCUCUUCAGCUGUCAGGAGAGGGGGCAGCUGCUGCUGGGGCCGGGAGUGGAGGUGUACAAGGGGAUGAUCAUCGGUCUCCACCAGAGGCCUGGCGACCUGGACCUCAACGCGUGCAAGAGGAAAGCUGCCACCAACGUGCGAUCCAACAAGGAUGCCACAGAUUUGUUGGUUGCGUUUUUCCUUGCAGUGGUGUUGGCGGCACCCCUUGAGUUCAGCUUGGAUGACUGUGUGGAGUACAUUCAAGAGGAUGAGCUCGUGGAGGUUACACCCCUUUCAGUCCGCAUGCUCAAGAACCCCAGGAUGGGCAAGAAGGGAAAGAAGCUUCAACCGCCAUGGACGCUAAGCCUGGAUCAUGCAGCAUCAGAGCGACUCGGAGGCGGCGAAAUCGCGUCCUACUCGUUCGACGUCCUCAAGGAGGCGGCUGACGUGGCGGUGGAGCGGCUUUUGAUUCGCCAGUGCGGAUUGCUGCUGCCUCGGGUGUCUAUUGGCUCUCCCUCCUUGCUGUUCAUUCAACAAGGGUCGGGUGUGGUGGAGCUGAUAGAUGACAAUGGCCAGGCACCUGCUGACGUGUCACCAAUCACUGUGAACAGCGGGGACGCGGUCGUGGUUCCCAAGGGAUGGACGUACAGCAUCGGGAACUACCUCAACGAAUCCCCAGAGCUCAUCAUCACAGCCGUCCGAUUCAGCCAUCACAAGCAGAAAUCGUACCUUGCAGGCAGCAGCCCCCACUCGGUGCUGUCUGGCUUCAGUCUGCACAUCCUGGAGACGGCAUUCAACCAGCAGCACGAUGUCGUCAGGGCGCUGCUACGCCAGGCCACCGGGGGAGGAAUCAUCGUGUCCCGCUGCGUACCACCCUCGCCUCCUGAGCUUGCUGCACAGGAGGAUGCGGAAGAGGAGGAUGGGUCUGAAGGGGAUGGGUUGGAGGGUGGUGUGUUGGAGGGGGAUCUGUCAGGGGAGUUGGAGGAGGUGGGAACUGGUAGGGGUGCUGUUGUUGGGAUGAGGAGGAUGGGUUCGGCUGAGGGAGGAGUGGAUUUUGGGGUAGAGAGCAAGAAGGGUAAGGGGAAGGAGAAAAAGGGCAAGAAGGAAAAGGAGGAGAAGAAGGAGAAGAAGAAGAAGGAGAAGGAGGAAAAGGAGAAGAAGAAAGAGAAGAAAGAGAAGAAGGGAAAGAAGGAGAAGAAAGAGAAGAAGAAGGUUGUUCUGGUGGAUCAUGUGGCAGCACGGAAGCCUGCAAUCGUGACGGAGGGCGGCAGCAUGGUGCGAGUGUCGUGCCGUGACUUCAAGGCGCUCAGGCACGCAGGCAUUCAGGGAGAGAUUGUACUGCUCACCCUCUACCCGCAUGCGGUGGUGGCACCACACAUCCAUGGCAACGCAGCAGUGGUGUUCACGGUGCUCAAGGGCUCUGGCCACUUUGAGUCGGUGCACCCCAACGGCACCACGGCCGCCACCGAUGCCGUGCAAGCAGGCCACGUGGGAGUGGUUCCCAUGGGAUAUGCCCACGCCCUGCAGGCGGGAGAGCAGGGCGUGCAGAUUCUUGUUGCCAAGAACGCGUCGAAGCAAGACAUCAAGAGCGCGUACCGACGACUCGCUCGGCAGUUCCAUCCGGACGUGAACAAAGACCCUGGAGCGGAGGACAAGUUCAAGGAGAUCAGUAGCGCGUACGAGGUUCUUUCGGACGACGAGAAGCGGCCACUAUACGACCGCUUUGGGGAGGCGGGCGUGUCUGGGUCUGGUGGCAUGGGAGGAGCGGGAGCUUACACGUCGAACCCGUUCGACCUGUUCGAGUCCAUAUUCGGGCCGGGUAUGGGCGCUGCCGCGCGGGGAGGCAUGGGCGGAAUGGGCGGCAUGGGCGGCGCAGGCCCGCGGACGCGACAACCUGUUCCGGGCGACGAUGUCAAAAUGGAGAUGCCGCUGGAGUUCCGCGAGGUGAUAUUCGGCGCGGAGAAGACCAUCAACGUGGCGCACCUGGACGGCUGCAGCGAGUGUGGGGGGUCGGGCGCCAAGGCGGGCACGUCCCCCCGCACAUGCCCCACGUGCCGGGGCAUGGGGCAGGUCAUGCAGACAAGGCAAACGGCCUUCGGAAUGUUCUCAUCGGUGCGUUUCAAUGCGGGGCACCUGGACGGCUGCAGCGAGUGUGGGGGGUCGGGCGCCAAGGCGGGCACGUCCCCCCGCACAUGCCCCACGUGCCGGGGCAUGGGGCAGGUCAUGCAGACAAGGCAAACGGCCUUCGGAAUGUUCUCAUCGGUGCGUUUCAAUGGAGUGGGGGAGGUGAUAUCUGAGUUCUGCCGCAAGUGCGGGGGCGAGGGGCGGGUGAGGACGCGCAAGCCAGUGGUGAUCAACGUGCCGGCAGGGGUGGACUCGGGGACGGUGCUGCGCGUCAAAGGGGAGGGCGACGCUGGCAUGCGCGGCGGCAAGCGGGGCGACCUGUACGUGUUUGUGAAGGUGAAGGAGACGAUGGGCAUUCGCAGGGACGGCAUAAACCUCUACUCCAAUGUCAGCAUCGACUACACUGACGCCAUCCUUGGGACCGUCGCUAAGGUGGCAACGGUGGACGGGGCAGCGGAGCUGAGAGUGCCGGCAGGCACACAGCCAGGGGAUACGCUGGUGUUGGAGCGCAAGGGCGUGCCCAAGGUGGGCAAGAGCAACAUCCGGGGCGACCACUUCUUCCAAGUCAACGUCUCCAUUCCUAAACGAGUCAGCCCCACGGAGCGGGAUCUGGUGGAGGAGCUGGCGUCAAUUCACAAGACGGGCAAGACGCGCACGGGGAUCACUGUGGAGGGCGCCAGGCCACGGGGUUCAUCAUCCAGCUCAGGCGUGGAUGGGGAGGGCAUUGUCGACACUGUCAAGACUGUUUUUUCGGGCAUUAAAGAUUUCUUCAGCAAGUGA